AUGCCUACGAAUAAAAAAAUCCGAAAAUUAAGUCCAAAUCAAGUUACAGAGUUAAGACAAGCAUUUGAUUUAUUCGACGCUGAUGCAUCAGGAGCAAUAUCAAGCAAAGAAUUUAAGCAGGCAUUAUGGGCAUUGGGUAUUCGUGCCAGUGAGCAAGAAAUUCAACAAAUGUUCAAGGCAAUUGAUGCUGAUGAGAAUGGUGAAAUAGAAUUUGAAGAAUUUGUUGAAAUUGUAGCCGAUUCUUAUUUUCGAAAAUUUACAAGAGCUGAAAUAUUAGAAGCAUUUAGACGUUUUGAUCAUGAUCAUGAUGGAUUCAUAAGUGCAAAUGAAUUACAAAAUAUUCUAAGUCGAUUAGGACGAAAUUUAUCCUCGGAUGAGAUUCGACGAAUGAUUGCUAAAGUAGAUCGUGAUGAUAAUGGUAAAAUCUCAAUCGAUGGUAUAACAUAA